GCUUCCUUUUUCUAUCAUUCAUCUUCUCAAUCGACUCUCCCCUCUCGGUCCAUCUCUCUCCGAUCCGAUCCGCUUCUCUGCUACUCCUGACAUCCUUCUUAUUGGUCUCAUCAAACAUCUCGUUCCUCACCUUUUCCGUUGACCACCGGUCCUUCCCCAUCGGCUAUGCUCCAACCAAAUGAUCAUCUGUCCAAGCACAAUCGGCGGGUUUUUUUUUUUCAGAAGAGACUGGAGAUCCUAUACUAUCAGAAAGAAUUAAAAGAAUCAGAUCGCGAAACCUUUGUAAGGCUGAGAAUCAGCCCAUCUGACCGACUUCACAAUUUAAGGGAAUUGGGGGUUAGUUUCCCAGAAAGGUUCUUGUCUUCCAUAAAAAAUGGAAGCUGGUUGAAGAUUAAUCUGAGUGGGAGUCCUGGCUCAAGAUUUACUCCCCUGCACCUUGUGCACCAAGGUAAAGAAACAGAAGAGCGGGAAAGACAGGUGAAGCUAGUUGAUAUACUUGUGGCAACACCUGGAAGAUUAGUUGAUUUGCUUGAAAGGGCAAAAGUGUCAUUACAAAUGAUAAGACAUGGCCCCACCUGCUGGAAGACAAACAAUGCUUUCAGUGCCACUUUUCCUAGUGAAAUCCAGAGACUCGCAUCUGAUUUUCUUUCAAAUUAUAUAUUCUAA